AAGGCCCAGAGAAGUGCUUUCUCUAGGAGCUUCUACCGGUAGAUUUCCCAGCACAACUCCUAGGGUCAGCUUCUGGCAGAGUCAUGCUGGAGGACCUAGAAAUUCCUAGAGGGAACAUACUAAUCAAAACCAUGAAUAAUCUACUCUGCAAAAUUCAAAGCUGCAAAUAUGGAGGGAUGGCUGUAAAAAAAGAAUGCAAAGGUCUCAGUCACCCAUGUGGAUAAUUUUAGAUUUUGGAGCAUUUCAGGUUUUGAAAUUCUGGAUAAGGGAUACUCAGAUUUUAAGCGCAAAGUUUGGAGUAGGCAGCCAAAAAAAAAGAAAGGAUGCCUUCUUUCCUCAAGACACAUUUAGAUCAUAUUUAAGCCAUAAUGAUUCUCUUCUUUACAGAAAAACGAGUUUCCAACCUGAAUUUAAUUGUUUUCUUACUUCAUGAGAGGGUUCAUCAUAGCUCAUGCUUAAAGAGAUUUUGGUGUCUUGCAGGGUUUGGUAUCCUCAGUAAUUUUUCCAGCUUUUUGAGAGAGGGAUUGGUCAGAGAGAGAGAGAGAGAGAGAAACUCAUGACUGGUUAUCUGUCUGGGAGCAGAGACUGAAGACAGAAGAACAAGACUCGGGUUGAACAAGAACAAGUCCCUGAUUUAGAAAAGGCUGUGCUACCUUUCAGAAUUAGAGGAGGAUUCUGGCAGAGGAUCAUGAGGAAGAGCCUGAAAGAAGAUGUGUUUGGUUCAGAUGUCCAGCAACAGCGUUUCAGGCAGGUCUGCUAUGGAGAGGCUGAAGGACCUCGAAAGGUUUGCAACCAACUCCAUAGUCUUUGCUGUCAGUGGCUGAAACCAGAGCAAAACACAAAGACUGAGAUCCUGGACUUGGUGAUCUUGGAGCAAUUCCUGACUAUCCUUCCUCCAGAGAUGGAGAGCUGGGUGAGGGAAUGUGGGGCAGAGACCUGUUCCCAGGCGGUGGCCCUGGCAGAAGGUUUCCUCCUGAGCCAGGCAGAAGAGAGAAGUAAGAAAGAGCCACAGGACCUGUUAGCAGAAGAGGCCUCUGAAGGACAGAAGCCUUCCUCAGACUCUAGAGAGAGAACACGAUGCAGAUGGAUCAUGGAGGAGCAUGGCAGAGAUGCCACCUCAUGGGGAGAUGAAACAAGAAUACAUACAAGGCAUAUCAGCUCAUCGUUUAAAGCUGAGGUCCUGAGAAUACCUUCUGGAAGCCUGGACCAGGUGGCCUUGGGUGCGGUGAUGGUGUCUUUCAGCAAGGAAGAAUGGGCCCUGCUGGAUUUGGACCAAAGGGCCUUGUAUCAGGAAGUCAUGGAGGAGAAUUUGGAAAUGGUGACCUUACUGGGUAAGAUUCCCUCUUCCUUGAGGAUGAACAAAUCAGUUUCCAAAUGCUUAAAAAAUACUGUAGCCUUUACCAGCUAUGUUAGUUUCUGAAAUCAGACUCAUGUGUGCUGUAAAGUAGAGACUGCUCCCCCUCCAAAAACUAUCUCUCUUCUCUAACCUGCUUUGCCUCAUUUUACUUCUACAGUUUCCACUAAGGCUGUCAAGGCAGAAAAUAUGUUUGUGUCAGUGGAUCUAAAAACAUUUGUACCCUGGAGGUGAAGCUCUCAUCUUAUUCUUCUUUUCUCAUUUGGAUUUGCUUUUUGCAGAUUUUAUUUUUUCUUGGGCAUGAGUUUAUUAUUUCUCCCUGAUUUUGAGGGUGGGGGAUUAAUCUUUCUGAAGGGUUUAAUUUUUCUAGUGUGGAGUCUUAGAUAGUUCAGCUUUUCAAUUAAUUUUCUUUUCUUCUGUGGGCGAUUAGUCUUCAUGACUACAUCUUACAUUCUUUUCCCCCACUUCACACCCUGAGAUCUCCAG